AUGGCAAUUUCCAGUCUACGCAAAGAGCUUUCAAAUUCUGAACCAAGGCUAAGCGUUGAAAUGGUUACUACAGCAAUGGCAUUGUGCACAAAUGAUGUCUGCAAUGGGAACAUGGAGAUUUGGCGAACUCAUCUCCGUGGAGUUUUGCGGUUACUGGUUGCCUUUUUGGAAGGCCACGAAAUUUCAUCUUCUGCAACUGAGCCUUUCAUAGAGUUUCUCGUCAAAUGGUUCAAAACGAUGGAUAUUAUUGCUGCUCUAUCUGGGCAUAAUGGGCAAUGCACUCACAUAUCUGAGGAUAACACGUUGAGUAAAGUGUUGUCGUCAUCCGGAGCAAAUGUGGAUAACAUUUGUGGCUAUUCUUUAAAACUAAUUCCUAUGAUGGCUGAGAUAUCAAGCUUGGCCCGAAGAGGACAAUCCGGAUCGAUUGAGAAUUUUAUUCUGAGCAAUCCAUCAGCAUCCGAGAUCAAUCUAGAGGCAGAAAUUCAGGUUCUUAUUGAGAAACCCAUGCAGGAAUCUAGACAAGACGGCGAUAGAGCCUUUGGCUUUGAACUUCAGAGUACGCAUCGUGCUUUUGUUCACUCCGCCUUGCUACACCUACACCGACGGGUAAAUAUGCUGCCCAAGCAUGACAUUCGGGUCAGAGCGGAUAUUAGCAGUAUCCUCGAGGCCGUCACUCAAAUUCCACCUUUUUCGUUUGCAAACAUUCUUAUUCUUUGGCCUAUUUUCAGCGCUGGAUGCGAGACAGAUAUUUCUGCGGAACGGGACAUUAUACAGGAGCGUAUGAAAAACAUGCAGACUCUAGGAAUGGGUAAUUUUACAAGAGCUCGAGAGCUAUUACUCAGGUUCUGGUCAUCUGGGACUUCGUUGCCAUGGGACAAGUAUUUCUCACAACUGGGGCUGGAGCUUGUGCUCUUUUAG